CUUUGCCUCAUUGCACUGCCCAGACACCGCUCAGGCUGCGGCACCAUGAAGAUCUGGACUUCGGAGCACGUCUUUGAACUUCUCUGGGAUUUGAGGAAAUCUCCGGGGCCCUCCUCCCAGAAGACAGACAUGUUCAUGUAAAAGCUGUACAUGUCCUGGGAGAAGAAGUCCUGAUCCUGACUCUGUCCAGAUACUCAGGGCUUUUCCAUCGUGGUCCCAGCUGAUUUGUACACAUUAGGGCACCAGAAUCGCCACCCAUGGGAAACUGUUACAACAGCCGCAAUGCAGAAAUAUCCAAAUCCUAUGAACCCAAGUGUGGUUGGAGUCGAUGUAUUGGACAGACAUGUAGAUCCUUCUGGAAAGUUGCACAGCCAUAGACUGCUCAGCACAGAGUGGGGCCUGCCUUCCAUUGUGAAAUCUCUGAUUGGUGCGGCAAGAACCAAAACAUAUGUGCAAGAACAUUCUGUAGUUGAUCCUGUAGAGAAAACAAUGGAACUUAAAUCCACUAAUAUUUCAUUUACAAAUAUGGUUUCAGUAGAUGAGAGACUUAUAUAUAAACCACAUCCUCAGGACCCAGAAAGAACUGUUUUGACUCAAGAGGCCAUCAUCACUGUGAAAGGAGUGAGCCUCAGUAGUUACCUGGAAGGGCUGAUGGCGAGCACGAUAUCUUCAAAUGCUAGUAAAGGCCGAGAAGCAAUGGAAUGGGUAAUACAUAAAUUAAAUGCUGAGAUUGAAGAAUUGACGGCUUCAGCAAGAGGAAGCAUGAGGACGCCAAUGGCAGCAGCAGCAUUUGUAGAGAAAUGAUGAAAGUGGUAUACAACACCCAGUCCCCCAGAUCUCUACUAGCUGGCAUUAUAUUUAUUGUUAUUUAAAAAAUACAUUAAAAACUAUAUUUUAGGUAGAAUUUUUUUUAAUAAGCUGAAGAAAGGGUAUGUGACUUGAUCAAAACAAGGAGGUACGGUGUUUCUACAUAAAAGGGAACAUCUGAAAUUAGUGUUGUUUGAAAUUACUCUGGUUUUGAAGAUUCCAUAGUUAUGUGAGAAUUUAACAAUUUUUGAAUGGUACUUGGAAAUUGGUGAUAGCAUAUUAAGUCUCCUUCGGGUUUAAUUUUAAAGCUUUUCAUGCAUUGGAACUCUACCUGGCUUUGGACCAACCCCAGGACAAAGCAGAGCCACCUCCAAUAGACACAAUUGUUCUGCUGUGGGAAACUUCAAGAGGGAAUUCACUUUCAAAGGAGAAAUUGUAUAGUUUUAAAAGAUAUAAAUUUGUAUAAAAUAACUUGCUCUGCUUGCUAUAAACCACCAUUAAAAACCAGUGUUUUAAUUUGGUACUUAAAUGACAUUUUUGGAGUUAAAAUUAUCACUCAAGUAAUAUUUAACUGCAUCUUUAUUCUCUGAAAGAGUACUGUAUUGAUUUGCCAAAGUUUUGUAACUUAGUGAAGAUAUUACCUUCCAUAGAUUUAUACUUUAUGACCUAUAUGCUGUAUUGUGGGCCGGUUAUGUUAACUGAAAAAAUAAAGUCAUUACCGAAAUUUUUCAGCACUCUGAACUUAAACAGAAGAGCAGCUGUUCACAUCUUUUAGCAUUUCACAUUUGUCUGACUUGUAAAUUGCCAUGUGUCAGAAUUAUGGUUCUGUAAUUGCUAAAAUAUGAUCUGCCAGGUUAUUUGAAUAUAAUUACUUUUUGAAGUAAUUGUGACCACAGAACAUCUUUUUUACAUGAGGAGCUGUACAUCACUUGAAAUUGCCUAAAUGAUGUCUUAUCUGGGGUACAAAUCCCAGGUACCUACUGUUUUUAAUAAUAUGGUGCCACUGAAGGGGUGGAGGUAGAAAGGGGGAGAAAGGCAUUGGCCUAAGAUAACCACUACAUGAAUUGCUUUGUGAUUUUUAUUUAUGGGGAAUCCUCAUUUUGGGAGCCAAAGGGCCACUGCACUCAGAAAAACAAUCCAGUAAAUGUAUUUUGUCUCAUAUUUUGUAGCAGUUAAUUAUCAACCAUUAAAAAAUAUCUUUGAUACUUGCAA